AGAGCAGGGAAAGAAAAAGGGAAAGAAAGUCCAGAAGGUAGCACUAAAACAACCUACAAAAAUCCUUCAUUCUUGCCAGAAUUUGACAAAGCUAUCAUUGAUUCAAUUAUUGAUGGCCAAAAAACUGUGUUAACCCAUCCGCCCCUGAACCGCCUGUAACCGCCCGUGCAGAUCCACGUCCUUUCUACCCUUUGUGACGUCAUCAGUUUUAAUGGUCAAGGACAACUUUGUCCACUAACUUGUGCAGAGUGAAGAGAUCUUUCAAACCAUACCAGAAUGAGCACAAUUCAGUCAAGGACACUGGAGAAAGAAGCAAAAAGCCACGUGACAUUGACCUGAAAAUCUCCAUCAAAAUCUUGUUCCAUUGCUCACUUUCCUUUCACCUAAUCCUAAGAUCCUUAUUAAAGCUUUCCUAAAAACUCUUCCCACCAAAACGAAGCCUACUAAAUGCCCAGCAAGAGAAAAAAAAAUGAGGCAAGAAAAGUGAAAAAAGAGGGGAGGAGAGAAAGCGAAAAGUAAAAGUCAAGACCUUCGCAAGCUGAUAUUUUGCAUCUGGAUCAGAAGGCCUCGAAGUGUACGACCUUUAAACCGGUUUGUGGUAAGUUUCAGCUCUUUAUAGCAUGACAGUGACCAGAAAACCACUCGACUAGCUUCAAAACACGUUUUUCGGCAAAAUCUCCAGGAGCAAAUGGGUUAAACCUUUCAAAUUUAAAUCUGGUGUCCCUUAAACUAGCUAUAUCCAAAGCUGUACUUAAGAGGAAUACAAUGCCUUUUAAAGAGUGGAUGUCUAGACAGUGAUGCUGAGGAUAAAUUUAAACAAUUUGAGAGUAUUCUUAUUGCAAGGCAAGGUAUGAAGUUCAAGACAGGGACCCAACAAGAG